CAUCUCUCUCUUCACUUUCUCUCUCUAUAUGUCGAUUGUGUAUGUAUAAUUUUGUGUGUGUGUGUUAGUGUGUGUAUGGUUCCAUAGACUACGCGUGUGCAUUCGGGAGAAUAUUUAUAUCCGUCCACAUACAACUCCUAAAUCAUUUUGAACUUCUUUCUCAAAACAGUAAAGUGUGUUUGAUCGAUUCUGAAGGGGGUUUAUAUCCAAAUUGAUUUGUAAUAAUCGUUGAUUAGAGUUAUUGAUGGAGGUUGGAGUGGAUAAUUCACUGGAGACCGUCGGAGUUGCGAUGGAAUUUCCGGUCGUCGACGGUACAGGGGUAUCAUCGCCUCCAACUUUGCCGCCUAGGCUUCGACGGAGACUCACCGAAACAAAGGCUUCUCCUUGUAGUUUUGAAGAAAUUGAAGCUAAGCUUCGAGAUGCAGAUCUUCGUCGACAGAAAUUUUAUGAGCAUUUAUCAAGCAAAGCGCGACCAAAGCCCAGGAGUCCUCCACAAUCUGCAUAUGAGGAAAACCUUGGUCAACGUCUCCAGGCAAAGCUCCUAGCUGCUGAACAGAAAAGGUCGAGUAUUUUGGCAAAAGCUCAGCUGCGUCUAGCUAAGCUGGAUCAGUUGCGACAAGCAGCAAGGACUGAGGUAGAAGUGCGUGUAAAGAAGGAAUGUGCAGAGCUUGGUACAAAAGUGGAAUUGCGUGUGAGGCAGGCGGAGACGAACAGAAUGAGAAUCCUAAAAGCCUACAGGCAACGGAGGGCCACAUUAAGGGAGAGGACAUCUCAAUCUCUUACAAGAAGGAUUGCACGGGAGAGUAAGUACAAGGAGCGUGUUUGUGCCGCAAUUUGUCAGAAGCGCGCAGCAGCUGAGAAGAAAAGGUUGGGAUUACUGGAAGCUGACAUGGAAAAGGCACAUGCUAGGCUUUUACAAGUAAGAAGGGUAGCCAAAUCAGUCUCUCAGCAGCGAGAGAUUGAAAGGAGGAGAUUGAGAGAGAGAGUGGAAGAUAAGCUACAAAGGGCAAAGAGACAGAGAGCAGAGUAUUUAAUGCAGAGAGCCAGACUACAUAAUUCUAUAGGUGUUAAUUGGACCAAGAAAAUGCAGAAGCAAGCUGACCAUCUUUCUAGAAAAUUAGCAAGGUGCUGGAGAAAAUUUCUUAAGCGGAGGACCACCUUUGAUUUGGCCAAAAGUUUCUCUGUUCUAAACAUCAACGAGGAUCAUGUAAAAUCAAUGCCAUUUGAGCAAUUUGCACUUCUGAUUGAAGCACCCUCUACGCUUCAGACUACAAAAGCAUUACUUGAACGGCUGGAGAUACGUUACAAAGCUUUGAUGGGCACCACAUCUAGCAUCAAUUUCCAUGGUCAGGAUGACAUUGAUCACCUUCUUAGACGAGUUGCUUCACCUAGUAGAAGGACCACACCUAGAAGAAUCAGCCGUGAUAGACAUCUAAAGAAACCAGUGACCACCAGAACAGUCCCCAAAACACCUGUCAAGUUAUCAAGAUACCAAGUUAGAGUAGUGCUAUGUGCCUACAUGAUUCUGGGUCAUCCUGAUGCUGUUUUUAGUGGCCAAGGGGAGCGCGAGACUGCUUUAGCCGAGUCUGCCAAGAAGUUUGUCGAAGAAUUUGAGGAGUUGAUCAAUAUAGUAGUAGAUGGACAUCUGCAGAACUCUGGUGAAGAGUCUAAAUGUGCAUUUCCUAGACACACCUUCAGGUCACAGCUUGCAGCUUUUGAUUCUGCAUGGUGUUCUUACCUGAAUAGCUUUGUGGUAUGGAAGGUUAAGGAUGCCGAGUCUUUGGAGGAGGAUUUGGUGAGGGCUGCAUGCCAGAUGGAAAUCUCUAUGAUGCAAAAGUGCAAGCUGACACCUGAAGGAGAUGGUGCUGAUCUUACACAUGAUAUGAAAGCUAUUCAGAAACAGGUUACUGAAGAUCAGCAACUCUUGAGGGAAAGAGUAAUGCACCUGAGUGGUGAUGCUGGGUUAGAGCGUAUGCGGAAUGCUCUUUCUGAUACACGAAUAAAAUACUUCCAAGCAAAGGAGAAUGGUAGCCCCAUUGGGUCACCAGUUGCACAUAUACCACCAUCUCCUUCCUUGCGGCUAACACCAAAUGCUGCUGACUCUGACAAAAGGAACAAAAAUGAAGAGACCAACCGUGUGGUUCGCUCCCUAUUCAAAGAUGAUGCUUCCAAGCCACUGCAAAAAGAUGUUGGCUCCUCUACUGCUAGCAGCAAAUCUCUAGAAAGCCAGGUAUAUCAAUCUGGUGAAAUGCUCAGCAUGGAGAACGAAUUGAUCGUAAAUGAAUUUGUUCAUGGUCAGCAUUACUCAUCUGCCACCAGUUCGAAUGUUACUGAUGAAGACCAGACAGUGGUCAAGGUACGACAGACGAUGGAAAAAGCUUUUUGGGAUGAUAUAACUGAUUCUAUACGGCAGGAUAAUUAUGAUCGUGUUGUUGAACUGAUGAAGGAAGUGAGGGAUGAACUUUGUGAGAUGGCUCCUCAGAGUUGGAAACAAGAGAUUAUGGAAGCUAUUGAUGUGGUUAUUCUUUCUCAGUUGUUGAAUUCCGGCAGUUUAGAUAUGGAGUAUCUUGGAAAAAUCAUGGAGUUUGCAUUGGUCAGCCUGCAGAAGCUUUCAGCUCCAGCAAAUGAAAUCAAUCUUAAGGAUGCCCACCAAAACGUUUUAAGAGAACUAGCUGAUAUAUGCCGAGCAGACGAUUCUAACCAUUCACAUGCGAUAGCAUUGGUCAAGGGUUUGCGCUUUGUCCUCGAGCAGAUACAGGUGCUCAAGCAAGAAAUUAGCAGCGCUCGUAUUAAGAUUAUGGAACCGUUACUAAAGGGGCCCGCUGGGUUAGAAUACCUAGGAAAAGCGUUUGCAAAGCGGUUUGGUCCACCAUCUGAUGCGUCCACUCGUCUUCCAUGGACCAUGAGGUGGCUUUCAUCUGUAGGGCCCAGCUACGAUCAGGAUUGGAGUGACCACACACAGAUCCUUUCGGGUUUGCAGGGUGGUUCACCAUCGGAGAAGUUUGUUAUGCCUUCCACUGCUCUUAGAACUGGUGGAAGCUUCUCUAGUGGACUGCAAACUUCAACUCCUAUUUCUGUAACAGAUGCUGCAGACAAUCAAUUCCCAGAAUGCAAGGGAGAAAAACGAGAUCUGCUAGUGAGGCUUGGUUUGAUGAAGCUGGUGAAUGAUGUUUAUGGUGUGACACAGGAGGAGUUACCUGAGACUUUGAAGCUCAACUUUCUUAGGCUAAGGGUCAUUCAGGCUCAACUUCAGAAAAUCAUUGUGACUGCUACCAGCAUUCUAGUCCUUCGACAAACACUUCUAAUGGAACAAUUGAUAUCAAACCCCGAGGACAUGGAGAGCACGCUGCAACGAUGUUCUACACAGCUCUUGCAGAUUCUGGACACGGUGGAGAGCGCAGGCCUUGAGGAGAUCGUUGAAGUUCUUAGCAAAACCACAGAUGGUUUUGAUCAAACCAACGAUCCAACAAAAACCAAGUCCAGAAGACUUGUGAUGGCUAGAAUGCUAAGAAAAAGUGUACAAGCCGAGGACCCUGUUUUUGUCAAGGUGUCUAGAGCGGUGUAUUUGGCUACCCGAGGGGUUGUACUUGGCGGCGGCGGCAACCGUGGAAGACAACUGUCGGAGAUGGCGCUCCGGCAAGUGGGGGCGGCUGCUCUGAGUGGUAGAGUGGUGGAAGCCGGGAAGAUGUUGGGAGUUAUGGCGAGUGUAAGCCAGAGUAUUCAUGGCCCGUGGUAUGACCACUUGAUCAAGAACGUGUGAAAAAAGUGCGAGUAUUGGAGUUGUUUGGUUUGUACAUAAACGUGGUUUGGGGGGUUAAAUACGUGAUUUGUGUAGAGUAGCAAAUAGAAUGUAUAAAUUGGGCACUGAAUCCAUCCAUAUAUGUAAAGGGAAUGAAUAAACGAUACUCGUAUGUCGAUAUUAAACUCUCGAGAACGGUUGGAUGUUCUGCUCUUGAGGGGGGUUAUCGGCAUUCGAGAUUUGGUAAUGGUUGUGAAUGCAGGCAUCCUUAUCGCU